UUCUAUCUGAAAAAGUCUCCGCACGAUUCGACCGACGCCGGCGACUUUCCGUAUGAUCUGAAGUUCUGAACGAAGGGUUCGCUGAAUUUCACAGAAUCUCUCAUUGUUUAUCAGAAGCCUUCUUUCGUUAAACACUGUUUUGGAUCUCAUCAAUAGCAGACGCUUCACCUUCACCGUCUGGCGAGGCGUCUUUGAUUCAGAUAUCGCCGGCGUAGUUUCUGCUAUGGAUCCGACUUCUCGACCCGCUGUUGUAAUCGACAAUGGAACUGGGUAUACAAAAAUGGGAUUUGCGGGUAAUGUAGAGCCAUGUUUUAUCCUUCCAACAGUAGUUGCGGUUAACGAGUCGUUUUUGAAUCAAUCCAAGAGCUCUUUAAAAGGAAACUGGACAGUCCAGCACAAUGCCGGAGUUGCGGCGGAUCUGGAUUUCUUUAUCGGAGACGAAGCUCUUACGAAAUCACGGUCUAGUAGUACCUAUAAUCUUCAUUAUCCAAUCGAGCAUGGUCAAGUUGAGGAUUGGGAUGCUAUGGAAAGAUAUUGGCAGCAGUGUAUCUUCAACUAUUUGAGAUGUGAUCCUGAGGAUCAUUACUUUCUUCUCACCGAAAGCCCUCUUACUCCUCCUGAGAGUCGAGAAUACACAGGGGAGAUUUUGUUCGAGACUUUCAAUGUUCCUGGGCUUUACAUUGCUGUUAAUUCUGUGCUUGCACUUGCAGCUGGGUACACAACAUCAAAGUGUGAGAUGACAGGGGUUGUAGUAGAUGUUGGAGAUGGGGCAACUCAUGUGGUACCCGUUGCAGAAGGUUAUGUUAUUGGGAGCUGUAUCAAGUCGAUUCCGAUUGCUGGCAAAGAUGUCACCCUCUUUAUCCAGCAACUCAUGCGGGAAAGAGGUGAGAAUAUACCACCAGAAGAUUCAUUUGAUGUAGCCCGUAAAGUGAAGGAAAUGUACUGCUACACUUGCUCAGACAUCGUAAAGGAGUUUAAUAAGCACGACAAAGAACCAGGAAAGUUUAUUAAACAAUGGAAAGGUGUUAAGCCAAAGACUGGUGCACCAUACACUUGUGACGUGGGAUAUGAACGAUUCCUUGGACCUGAGGUCUUUUUUAAUCCAGAGAUAUACAGCAAUGACUUCACAACCGCUUUACCAGCUGUAAUAGACAAAUGUAUCCAGUCUGCACCAAUUGAUACACGAAGAGCUUUAUAUAAGAAUAUAGUGUUGUCCGGAGGUUCGACUAUGUUCAAAGAUUUCGGAAGAAGGUUACAAAGAGAUCUCAAGAAGAUAGUUGAUGCUCGUGUUCUUGCUAAUAACGCUCGUACGGGUGGUGAGAUCACGUCUCAACCGGUGGAGGUUAAUGUCGUGAGCCACCCUGUCCAGAGGUUUGCAGUUUGGUUUGGAGGCUCUGUGCUUUCAUCAACUCCUGAGUUUUUCGCGAGUUGCAGAACGAAAGAGGAGUAUGAGGAAUGUGGAGCAAGCAUAUGCCGUACAAAUCCAGUCUUCAAGGGAAUGUAUUGAAGCUAAACUGAAGCGGUUUCAUAAAUAAUCCUCCAGCCAGAACCGUGCUCACGUUAUACUAUAAUAAACAUUAUAAUGUAAUAAACAUGGGCCUAGAGCCGGAAAAAUGCUCAUAUAAUUCCUCUACUAUAUGAAAUUGACUGAUUUAUUCCUCAGGUAUAGUGUAAGCAAAUUAAAUCUUGAAAUACUAAGUUGACUAUGCAAAAUUAGACUUAAAUCACAAUCGCAAAUAUUGUAAACUAUGUCAUCGAACAAUACAAGAAACUAGAAAAUAUUAGAUUUUAGAGAUAAGUUUUUGUAUGUAUUUCUUUGAUGGUUUUGUUAAAUAAUAAUAUUAACUUUUAUAGAUACAUUUUGUU